UUAGUUGCGCGUUAGCAUUCACGAAGAGAGGGUAGAUUUAUCCCCGAUUUUCGAAUAACUUCGCGAUCACGUAAAGUUCUUGAAACUUCUUUAAACGUCUCAAUACUGGUAGAGGGAAAAAUUUGACGGUUGUAAGACUCGAUCAAAGUGAUUUGUGGAGCGAAAUUUUUUUAAAGUUUAAAUGAAGAACUGCUUGUUUUCUUUUGUGCGUGAUUUUGUGAUGGAAUGUGUUGAAAAAUUGUUGUUUCCUUAGAUUUUUGUACAAUCGAUUGUUUAAAUUAUGGCUAUUCGUGGAAUUUUCUUGGGAUUAUCCAUCAUCGCUAUUAUCAAAGGAACGGUCGGUGUUCAAAGAUUUGAACAACAACCUACGUAUACGGAAGUUAAUCCGGGUCAAGAUGCGCUCAUUGUCUGCAAAGUUUUCAACAAACGCGGAUCCUGUUCCUGGCAAAAGGACAACAAGCCGAUGGGAAUGUAUCCACACAAAUACGAAUGGGCUAGUCCAAAUCAAGAAAAUGGCGACUGCUCUAUAUGGGUUAGAGCAGCUCAAUUGGAGUUUGACGAUGGAAGCUGGGAAUGUCAAGUUACAGCCAGCGACUUUCACACUCAAGAUGCUCUCACCAGUCAUCCUGUUCGGUUGGUAGUUAGAGUGCCUCCCCAGAGACCUCGCAUAGAAUACAAUGGUACCCAAGUGUUGCCCGGGCAUAACCUCACCAGCCUUCACGGAGAAGUAGCGGUUAUAAAGUGUGUAUCUCACUAUGGCAACCCGCCUCCGGUGCUCAAGUGGUUUUUGGAUCAAACGGAAAUCACUCCAACUCGCAAACAAACUAAUACAACUGAACUGGAUAAUCCGAGGACUUGGCUAGCUCUUUCAGUUUUAGAACUGACAAUUACGAAGGAUAACCACGGAAGGAUGUUACGAUGCGUUGCAGUUCACGAAUCCUAUUCUACCAAAUCGAGCAGCAUUGAAGUCCGACUGGAUGUAAUGUAUGUACCAGAAACGAGAUUGACCGGUAUCCCAACGACUGACGUCGAAGACCUUAAAGAUUCCAUAGCAAUUCGAUGUGAAGUAACUGCAAAUCCAAGAGCUUCAGUUGUAUGGCGUCGUGAAGGCCAAAACCAGCCAGCUAGUUUACAAGAACUUUUACAAUUUGCUCCAGCAAUUCGACAGCACUCUGGGUUGUAUACUUGUCAUGCUAGAAAUAAGGCAGGUGAUUCGCAGCCCAUCAGAGUUCACAUCGACGUUAAAUAUCCUCCAAAAAUUAUAAGUAUAGGGAGAGAACGUGUUAAAACAGCCACUCUCUUUUCUUCGGCAAGCUUCGAAUGUUUAGGCGAAGGGAAUCCUCCCCCGACUUACCAAUGGAUUCAAAAGAGACCAACUCCUUCGGAAAGUGUUAUAGAAAGAGGUAGAGAUGCCAAACUCUACAUAAGUAAUGUAACUUAUGAUUUCCAAGGUGAAUAUCGAUGCAAAGUUACUAACAUAAUUAAAGGAGAAGAAAGAACAGAAAUAAGUGAGCCUAUCAUUCUUCAAGUUCAUGGGGCUCCUCAAGUCUUAAGACAAUCUGUAAUGCCCGAGGUAGUUGUAGAAAGAGGUCAAUCAGCUGAUUUAAGUAUGGUUGUAUGCGCGGAUCCGCGUCCUAGGCUUGUUGCUUGGGAAUGGGGCUCACUGAGGCUAGAAGCUGGUACCGAGAUGGGAAAAUAUAGAGUAGACGAUGUUACGCAAGAAGAACGGGAAGACUGUUAUCUUGCAACGCUUCAUAUCAAAGACACCACAUCAACAGACUCCAGAGCGUAUUAUUUGGCUGUAGAAAACGACAGAGGAACGGAUCGACAUGCUGUCCAAUUAUACGUGAACGAGCCUCUGCAGAUGAGCACGCUUGUAAGCGUAGCAGGAGUUUUGCUGGUGGCGUUUCUACUUUUUAUUUGUGGUUGCGUAUACGCAAUUCGCGCCGAAAAAUGCUGCUUCGCAAGAAAGGGCGACUUCAAACCAACAGAGAUAGAUGGGCAGAAAAUUGAUAUUGAAAAAACUGCCACUGGUCCAGGAGGUAUUCCCGCCGACGCUAUCUACACGACAACACCACGAAGCGGGAACGGGACCGGUAACCUUCCUCCGAAUCACCACGGUUCCAGCCCCGAAGCUAUGAAGCAUCAACAACCCACUACACUUACAUUCAAUGGUAGAAGUAGCUUAGGAGAGUCGAAACAAAAGGCAGAAAACUUCUAUUCUAGUCUGAUGGAUACACAUACAGACAGAACAAACACUCGUAUCUUAUCGACCGACUUCUUCGAAUCUGAUAACGAUACCGAUAAUUGCCGACAAAACAAAUAUUAUAGCUUUAAUAGAUACACAAAUUCAAUAUCAAAAGACAAUUGGUCGUAUGGUACAUCAGCUGGUUUCAAUACUCACAGAUAUUCACUGCCAAACGAUAACAAAUAUGUUAGAAGUAACAAAAAAUAUAACAAAAAAGAUAAGGCUAGACCAAAACCUUUGCAGUAUGAACAUGAAAAAUAUUACGACCAUGUUUUUCCAAAGAGGGAUGAUAGAAUAGGCACUGAUUUCUUCUAUCAACCCAAUAAUUUAGAACAUGCUGAAUUGUAAAUAGGUAUUGAUUAUAAAACAUGAACACAGUUUUUGGAUCGAAUACUUACUUUUUAUUAUCAUAAAUCUAAAAAAAUCUAGCAAUAAUUAAUGAUUUUUUAUA